AUGGCCACAUCACCGUCGUCUCCUAUGGGGACUAUUCUUGAUAAUAAUACUCGCGAUUUUUAUCAACAAAUCUCAACAUGGUUGAAUGAAUUUUUUCAAUUAACAUCUUUUACUGAUAUUGAAUAUUCUAUACGUUCGUCGUCAAUAAACAUGUCAACGAUUCUAACUACAAGCGGAGGUACAGAUGGUUCAUAUACACGUUCAUUUCCAUAUGAACCAACAAAUCGAAUCAGUAUUCCAUCAGCAACAAUAACAUCAAUUCCGGGCACAAUUACUGAACAACAACAAAAUACAACUCAAACAACACCAUCAGUUUAUCGUAGUGGUUAUAUUCUUUCAAUGAAUAUGCUGUGGUUAUCCAUUGAUCAAAAACUUUAUUUAUGGAAAUAUCCAACAAUCGUUGAUUUAAUAGAGUUAGAAUUUGAUUCAAUUGUUCUUGCUUGUAAUUGUGUUCGUCGUCGUAAAUCAACAACAACAAAUGUAACAAAAAAGUUAACACAUUCCACAUCCUUUCUUGGUUCCUGGUUACCAUCUGUUAUGACAUCAAGCUCAAAAUUUCCAGCAACAUUAACAACAAAUGAUCUAAUCGAAAAUUUUGUCCAUUUACUUGUUAUUUUGACAUGUCAAGAUAUAUUAAUCUAUACAAUUGAUGAUCAACAAUCAACUAAUAUUCAACGUUGGUAUACAACACCAACAUUAAAAUAUACAUUAAAUCAGAUUGGUUAUUUUGAUACGUUGUCAAUUUCAAAUGAGAGAUUUUUUCUCGGUGGACAAUGCGGAGAUAUUUAUGAAUUUAUCUAUGAAGAAAAUGUUAAAUCAACAUUAACUAAACUUGGACAAACAUUUCUAUCAAAUUUAGUACCAAGUUUUCUUCAACUUGGUUCAUUAUCACAAGCCAAUGCAGCAUCAAUGACUGUUAAACAAAUAACUGUUGAUCAUAAGAGACUUCUGUUAUAUGCACGUUUAGCAAAUGAUUCAUUACAUAUAUAUGAUGUGUCAACAGAUAAAGGUCAUCGUUUAUUUAAUUAUACAUUUGAUGAUUUAAUUAGUAAACUUAAACAAAGACAAACGAUUUCCUAUGAUGAUUACCGACCUUUUUUAACUAUGUGUACUGUACAAUCAUAUGAAUCAAGUUUAUUUAAUUUAAUAUUAGUGACACAUACAGGCAUUCGAUUAUAUUAUACAUUAAUUAUGCCAACAGGUCAAGCAAAUACAAAUCCAGCUCAACCAACUCAACAAUCUCGUCUUGAAUUAAUUCAUGUACGUUAUCCACCAACAAUACCCAAUUUGCCUCAAACAAACGCUCAACAACCCAUCUUUCGUACAGGUUAUGUUGAUAUGAAUUGUUUAUUUCUCUUCACAAGUGAUUCAAAUCGGCCACAAUCAUUUGGUCGCAUGAUACUAUUAACAAAUUCCGAUUCAACAUUACUUACAUCGUCAACAUUAUUAUCAUCGAAUUUUAAUGAUUCAACAAUGAAUCAACAGCCACAACAACAACAACAACGUCCAACAUCAGAAAUUCAAUCACAACUAUUUAAUGAACUAUUUCUUAUACAAGAACAAAUAUCAUUAUUAACUUUAAAUAUACUUCCAUUACAUAUGGAUUUAACUCAAACACCAACACAAUCACCACGCAUUGGUCCACUAGCACAAAAUAUUCGUUAUAUGAUUCAAACAUAUGAUUCAAUUGUAACAUUUGAUAUUCCACGCUCGAACGAACAUCUACGUUUAUUACUUUUCUAUGAUCAACAAAUUCAUUCGUUAUUAAUGAAACAAUUUUUUAGUUAUUAUUCAUUACGUUAUUCAUGUUCAAUGAGUUUAGCAUUAACAUUAACAUCUCUACAAGAUAGUAAUACAAAUACAACACGUGUCAAUGAUGAUCGUUUACGUGAUUUAGCAUUUCAAACAUUUCUUUGGUAUUCAAGUUCAGCAUAUUUACAAUAUUUAGAAACUAUGCAACAACAACAAAUAUCAUUAGAUCAAUCAAGAUUUUAUCAAUUACAAUCGCAACAACCAUUUAGUCGUUCAACACCUAUUUUGCCAUCGAUUUAUAUGCGACAAAAAAACUUUUUUGAACGUUAUAUUAUACCAUUACGUAUCAAUGCUAUUUUAUUUGUAUUAAGUGAUAUACUUCGUCCAAUAUGGGCACAAAAAUUAGUCGAAUUAAAAUCAUUAUCAAAACAAGAUAAAACAAUUUAUUAUAUAUUUCAUAAAAUUCAUGAUUAUAAUGAAAUAAAAUCUUUAUUAAAACAAUUGGAACAUUUUCUUAAAAAACUAGCACCACACAUGUGCUGUUUAUGGUCAAAUAAAGAUGAUUUACCUGAAUAUAAUGAACAAUUAGCACAAAAAAUUUAUGCACAACAAAAUAUUCAAAUGCAACCACCACAACAACAACAGCAACAACAUUUAUCAGCCAUAAAUUCAAAUAAUAAUCAAUAUCUUCGAUCAGCAUUAGCUGGACGUUUAAAUGAACAAACGCCACAGCAACAAACAAUUCAUCAUGCACAUAGUUAUCCAAAUAUUUCAACCUAUGCACAAUCACCUUUCGGACAUGCCAAUCCGUUAAAUACAUCGAUAGCCGGUGGUAUUAAUCCUGCUGCUGAUUUCACACUAUCAUCUCCAACACCACCAGUUCAAACAGGUGCUUCUCUGUUUAGUUCAUCUAUGCACAAUCUUCCUCCAACAACAAAUUCUCCAUUUCCAAGUGUUAGUAAUACAUCCAUACCACUAGCAGCCAAUUCAGCCAAUCUAAAUCAACAAUAUUUUCUAUCAGCUACAUCACUCUCGUCAAUAACAGAUCUUUUACAAGAAAUCGAUUAUUAUCGUACGAUAUGUCAUAUGAGUGAACGUUUGAUUGAAUUAUUAUCUCUUUGGCAAAUUAUUAAUGAAAAUCGUACAGAUAUGUUAAUUGAACGUUUACCUGAGUCAUAUUUAACAUUAUUCAAUGGCACGAACGGUCCAUUUACAGUUCGAACAUUACUUGAUUUAGAUACAUUUUUUUAUGAUACACUUAUAGCAGCAUUAUUAACAUCCUAUGAACAAAAUGAAUCGGUAUUCGAUCAAUUAAUGGGUCGUCUUGUUGAUGAAUGUCCAAAAUUAUGUCCUAUUGAAAAACUUAUUCUAUAUAAAGUUGAUCUAUUUCUUAAACCAUCGUCAUUGUCGACAACAACAACUCAAACAAUCAAUGAUCAACAUCAACGCUUGAAACAAGCCUGUCAAUUAUAUAAACAAGUUUGUGAUCGUGUUAAUAUAACAUCAUUUGCAAUGACAUUAUAUACAUAUCGUAUGUACGAUGAAUUACUUGAUCUUUGUGUAACGGCUGGUUCAAAACGUGAUCCAUGUAAUCAAGCAUUGAAUUAUUAUUAUGGACAGUUAGACGAUCAACAACAAUAUGUUGAUGUUUACCAACGACGUUCUGAAUGUUAUCAAUCAUUAAUCGAUAUACUUGAAUCACUUUAUCAACGUGAUGGAGAUAAUGUAUUGAAAAGCAAUGAUGGAAGUUUAACAUUGAAUGAAUUUGUUCGUCAUUGUCUAUCGUAUGAUGAUGAAUUUUUACAUGUGAAAUUAUUCGAUUGGAUGAUGAAUAAACAGUUUAAUGAAAAAAUUAAAUCCUACAGACAAGUAACGCCGUAUUUAGAACGGUUUAUAAGAUAUCGUUUGAAAUUAACCAAUUUUAAUGAUUACAUCACACUUGAUGUCGCUAUCGCUGUACUUCAAGUUGUCAAGGAUUAUACAACAUUGUGCCAGGUUCUUCUUCAUUUAAUCGAUCUAUUAGAUCCACGUGUAACAUUUGCUGAUCGUCUAUGUUAUUUAGCCGAAGCACUUCAAAUUGCACGUUCGACAAAUGCUACAUUACUUUCAACAUCUCAACAGAUAAAGUCUAGUAGUGAUUCGCAAUUAACCGAACUUAUUCCAACGCUUGAACAACGUUUACAAACAGCAUUUGUACAAAAACAAAUUUAUACCGAUUUACAAAUGUAUAUGCGUGCAUUAGAAACUCAUACAAUAACAUCAACAAUCAUCAAUGAUGAUCUUCAACAACAUAUUGAACAUAUUCAAUAUUCAAUAAAGAAAUUAGAUUCAGCAUUAUUUGAUGCAACUGAAUUAUUUGUUGAUUAUGCACAAAAAUAUGAAUUGUAUGAAUGUCAAUUAUUACUAUUACAAUUAGAUGGUAAUGAAGAACCAACAAUUUUACAAACAAUUUGGCGACGUCUAUUGAGAAAAGAAGUUAAUGAUUUAUUUCCAUCGACAGCUAAUGUAACCGGUGGCAAUUAUGAACGUAUUAUGAUUUUACAGCAACAUCUCAUUGAACGCUUAAGAAAUUGUCGUAAAAAACGUUUACGUUUACCGAUGGAUUUUAUUCGCGGUGAACUUAAACAAAUUGCUCACACAUUAAAUAAUCAUAGUGAUCAUGGUGAUAUUGUGUCAUCUGAAGAUUUUUCCAACAAAAUUCUGUCAGAUUUAUAG